AUGUCUCUUCUAUUGGCUGCUGGCCUUAUGGCCGCACUCGCCGCUUCCCCAGCGGCCGCGUUUUGGCGACUUCCCUGCAAGUCACCAAUUGUUGUUGAACGUGCCGAUCCGAUCGUUCAACCGGGUCAGGUUUCUAACCAUUUGCAUACCAUCAUGGGAGGCAAUGGGUUCGACUUCACCAUGGACUAUAACGAUACUCAAAAGUCCACCUGUUCAUCUUGCACUGUUAUUGGUGACAACAGUAACUACUGGACCCCAACACUGUUCUACAGACAUCAGGACGGAACGUUUGAGAGUGUUCCCCAGAUUGGCGGUGCUACUGUCUACUAUCUCCAGAGAGGUGGCAAAGAUGAGAAGAUCAAGUCUUUCCCUCCUGGCUUCCGCAUGGUUGCUGGCAAUCCAUUCAAACGAGCUGGUGGUAACGAUUUUGCAACCCAAGCUAUCAGUUACAACUGCCUUGACUACAGUGGUAAUGGCAAACCAGAAACCCCCAACUUCCCAAAUUACAACUGCCCCAAUGGUCUCCGUGCUCAAGUCUUCUUCCCCUCUUGCUGGAAUGGGAAAGACCUUGAUGCUCCUGAUCACAAAUCGCAUAUGUCUUACCCUGCAAGUUCUUACAACUCUGGUGCUUGCCCGCCCGAGUUCCCCGUUCACCUCGUCUCCAUCUUCUUUGAAAUUAUUUGGGAUACCGCAAAAUUCGCCGACAAGUGGUAUGGCAAUGAGCAGCCAUUUAUUUGGUCUCAAGGUGACCCAACUGGUUACGGCGGUCACGGAGAUUUCCUUAUGGGAUGGGACCCAGACCACCUCCAAGACGCCAUUGAUCAAUGCACAAAUGACAGCGGUCGUGUUGAGGAUUGCCCCGUCUUCGAUCUCAUCCCAGACAAGCAAGCCCAGGGCUGCAGAGUCCCAUCAGGUGUCAAUGAGCCUGUCAGUGGUAUCUUGAAGGCUCUUCCAGGUUGCAAUCCCGUACAGCCAGGUCCCAAGGCCGAACCACAGCCGAACACUUGUGGCGCCCCCUUCGAUAUCUCUUACUCAGGCAAGAAGGACUAUACCGAUCUUACCUCGAAAGGAUGGGGUUACAUGGGAUGUGGUACUGACAACUACUACAACCGUGCCUUGACAGGUGCUAGUCAGUCCAACGACAAGAUGACCAACGAGAAUUGUGUUGCUUUCUGCGAAAGUAGAGGAUUUUCUAUCGCUGGUACAGAGUAUGGCCGAGAAUGCUACUGUGGAAACUCUCUACCAGACGGUGCCAAGCCCAUUCCUGGAGUUGCUGGUAGCUGUACUAUGCCUUGUGUUGGCAACACUGAUGAGUUCUGUGGCGCUGGAGGUGCCAUAUCCCUCUACUCGAAGUGUUCCGGCGAAUGUACGAACGCUGGAGGUGGUGCAGCUCCUCCUUCUACCAAGCCAUCCACUUCUGCCGCUCAAUCCUCAGCUGCCAGUACAAAAGCUUCUACAAAACCUGCCACACAGCCUACAUCUGCGGCAGCCACCUCGCCUGCUCCGGUAACUACCACCCCUUCUUCUGAUUCAGCGCCUUCGGAAUCCACAGCCCCAGGAGACACUGUCUCAUCCGAUAUAAAUGCUUCGGGUGGUUCAGAUGUCAAAGAUACAGAUGCCUCCAUCUCUCCUGAAACAACCUCGACAAGCGGAGCUGAUGCCGCAGCUACAAGUGAUUCUGGUACCUCUGAUACAAGUUCAUCAACUGGUCCAGACGUCACAGCUGCAACAGAAACGACUUCACCUGAUUCGAGUACAUCGGAUGAGGUCGUUACUUCAGUCAUCACAGUUGUUAAACGCUACGUCGCCUCUCCGUAUUCCCUGCUCCUAAGCCCAACGUCCAUUAGCAAUUAA